AUGCUUAGACGUGAUAUUCGUUUGCGUAGAGACUACCUGUAUCGAAAGUCUCUGGAGGGAAAGAAGAAGGAGGAGUAUGAAAAGAAAAUGAAGGUGCGUGAGGCUCUUGCGACUGGGAAGAAAGUUCCCACGGAAUUGCGAUAUGAGGCGGAAAAAUUGAAGCACACAGUUGACAUGGAAGAUGAAACCACAAAGGAAAUGAAAACGCAUGUAGACGAUGAAUAUGCUAUGGCGGGAAUCGAAGACCCCAAGGUGUGCGUUACGACAUCGCGCGAUCCGAGUUCGCGACUCAAAAUGUUCAUCAAGGAAAUAAAGCUUAUCAUUCCAAAUUCGCAACGAAUUAACCGAGGAGCUUCCAAGUUGGACGAAUUGGUGAAAGCAUGUCGUGCCAACAACUUCACGGACAUCGUAAUCGUAAAUGAGCACCGCGGUGAGCCAACCUCCUUAAUUGUGAGUCAUUUACCGUACGGUCCCACCGCUUAUUUCAGCAUCACCAACACGGUGAUGCGCCACGACAUCGAGAACGUGGGAACGAUGAGCGAGGCGUAUCCCCAUUUGAUCUUCAGCAACCUCACAUCCAAGCUGGGCGAGCGAGUCACCAAUAUCUUGAAGCAUCUCUUCCCCGUGCCGCGUCCCGACAGCAAGCGAAUCCUCACGUUCGCCAAUCAAAAUGACUUCAUUUCCUUCCGACAUCACACGUACUUGAAGGAGGAUCAUAAGACGGUCGCGUUGACGGAGGUGGGUCCGCGGUUCGAGUUACGCCCGUAUCAGAUCCGAUUGGGCACGGUGGAUCAGGAGGAGGCGGAGAAUGAAUGGAUCCUGCACCAGUAUACGAAUACAAGUCGAAAGCACAAAUUGUUGUCGGUGGAGUAAGGGGAGAGUGUUGUUCUUUUAUUGGUUU